UUGCAGACGCGUUUGCGAAAAUGAUUUUUAAACUUUUUAACUUCUUUUUGUUGUACCGCGUUUCCGGCGCACUCUUCGACGCAUCAUGGGAAGGAAUGGGAAAUAUGUUCGAUAUUAAAUAUUGGAGCUGCCUUUUAAAGAAGAGCUACUCGUGUCCAGAUAACGAUAUUAAAUUUUAUCUAUAUACAGCAGAAGAACCGAGUAUCCAAAAACGCAUCGAUGUACGAAGCAACAUCGCACUAAACGCAGCAGGUUGGGAUCAAACCAAAAACAACGCGAUUAUAAUCCACGGCUUCAAUGGCACCCAUAAAUCCAACCCGUUGAAGCUGUUGCGGAAAGCUUAUCUCGAUCGAGGAGAUCAUAAUGUUUUCAUGGUGGAAUGGCACGAUCUCGGCCGCUUCCCUUGUUAUCUAUCCGCAUUGUCAAAUUUGAAACUGGUAUCGCAGUGCAGUGCGCAGUUAUACGCUUACAUUAUGAACUGGGGAGGUAUGGCCGUGAAAACUGUGUGUGUUGGACAUUCGUUGGGGGCGCAUAUUUGCGGUAUGAUGAGUAACUAUCUCGACGUGAAGCAGUUCAAGAUUGUAGGGUUGGAUCCAGCAAGACCUCUCAUUAACCAGUUUUCUGACACAACCUUCAGACUAUCGCGCGAAGAUGCGUACAACGUGCAAGUGGUGCACACAAACGCCGGUCUUUUGGGGGAAGAAGGAGCUAGUGGACACGUGAAUUUUUGUAUUAAUGGAGGAAUGCUCCAACCGGGUUGCAAAGGAAAUGCUAUACGGCGUUCAAGAUGUAGCCAUUUUCAAAGCGUUUGCUACUUUGCUCAAGCGGUGAUAGACAAUCGAAUGUUUUAUGGAAAGCCAUGUACUUUAUCCUGCCCUAAGAGGCAAUCUUGGGGAUUACUACCAGGAAAAGAAGUUGCGAUGGGCCUUACGACGCCAUUGUACGCACGAGGACAGUACUGCGUACAAAUUGACCACGACAAUGAUUGUGUUUUCCAAUAAAUUAAUUUGGCGCAAAGACAACGGGUGUUUCUUUCAUAUUCAUUCUGGGUCAC